CUUCGAGAGCGAAGACUGGCUCUUUGGCAAUGCGUCAUCGCGUACCAAGCGUGAGAAAUCGCGGGGUGGCGUUUGAUAGCCGGUGACGGGCCAUUCGCUCGAAAAGGAGAUCUGCGGCGGCACUUUCGGUCCUGCUGAUCUCAGAUCAUCCAGCGAGGAGGCGAGCGCUCGGAGGGCCAGAUGUCUUUCGUCGAGCGUUGUAGGCCAUCACCGAGUUCGCGUGCCUAACAUCAACACUGGCCGUCAACACUGGCACAGGGCACGCAUCAACGGGAUCACUGCCAGAGCUGAGCUCGGCAAAGCUCCAGCGUCGGCUUGACUGGUAAUGUCCCAGCUGGAACGCUACCACAGCAGUCCAGUCGCAGUCCAUCCAGGCACGAAUGCAGCUGGCAAUCCACCAUCAGCAGGUAGCAGUCCAGUCUCACCCCAUGUGGCAAGGUUCAGCACCGUGCCACAGCAUAUGCGAACAGAACUCUACAAGUCUGCCACCGCGCCCAACUCGCCAGUCCACUAUACCCCUUUGGCCAAGUCAAUGAGCAGCGCUUAUCCUCCCAGUGCAGCUCAGAGCUCGCCUGUACAACACGCAGAUAUACCCUUGCGAUCAGCCAUGCUACCUAGUGAUAUCCUCAGCUUGACAGAAAACAACGCACACACUUCGCCUUUCGUCGAUCAUCGACCUGUUCACCCGCCCGCGCCAAUACACUAUCUGCCUGGCGAGCCAGCCGGACUCGGUAUACAACCCCCUAGGCCUCUUGAGUCUGGCGGUGCAGACUACAGCACCCCACUAGGCAGCCCAGUGCAUGCCUCUGCGCCAAUGUACAAUCCCGAGUCGUCAUUGCGCGUGCUGGGCAUGAGCCGACUCGUGGGGAGAGCGGGCGUAGAGAUCUCUGUCGCACUGGGCUUCAAGCCAUCGCAUCCAAUCUUGCUAGAUGGUCUUCCGAUCAACACCUUUCGCAUUCUUGUCGGCGAUAUACCCGUCAUGACGCGCUUGUCUUCGAGCCUAGGCGAGCAGCCAGGCGAAGAGCAUAUCACCUUGCUCGCUCUCGCACCCCAGCAAGCGAGCGAACUUCAUCAAAUCGUCCCAGUCAUCGCUCAGGGGCUGGACAAGCAGGGUAAUAUACGAGACGGCGCCCAGAUUGGCUACUUCACUUACAUACCCGAGCAUCCACCUCUGGCGCCUCUGUCUUUGUUGAGUGACAACCUCUCGCAAAAUAAGCGACCUCGCAAACGGACAGCUUCUGCGCUAGAGACCAGUCAGAGCCAGCCGGGUGAGCCUGUCGCAAGCACGAGCAGAUCUACCAGAAUGAUUGCAAGCGCCUCUACGCCUGGUAUGCACGUCCGCAAGGCUCGACCUGGCAUACCCCCAUCGUUGCCCGGCGCAACACAAAGCGGUCAGACCUUGAGACAUCCGCCUUUUCCAAUUCAAGAUGGCAGUCAGCCCUUGAUUAUUCGCACGACGCAGAUCACAUUGACGAUGGCAAACGCUGCACGAGCAACAGGACAGCACGUGACUGCCGAUCGAGUGCCAACCAACAAAGCAGAGCUUGUCAUCCACGGUGAUCUCAAUUCAAUGGCCUCUGGAUGGGAUCAAGAAGAAUGGGCAGCCAAGCGGCGACUGGUACUCUUCGAAAGAGACCAACAAGGCAACACGAUCAACCUUUCGUUCCGGCCCAUCACAAUGGCAGAAUAUGCGUCUGACAAGAUCAUACUCUCCUGCAUCUUUCGAGAGGACGACGAUCAAUGCUACGUGACAUCCGUCGAUUCAAUCUACUUGCUAGAAGCUCUGGUCGGGAUCCGUUUCACCGUCGAGGAAAAGAACCGUAUCCGUCGUAAUCUCGAAGGCUUCAAGCCGAUAACGGUCUCCAAGAACAAGCCCGAUAGCGAAGACUUCUUUAAGCUCAUCAUGGGCUUCCCUAACCCAAAGCCUCGCAACAUUGAGAAGGACGUUAAAGUCUUUUAUUGGAAGACCCUUCAGCAAGCAGCGUCCAAGAUCCUAGCAAAGUACAGCGCUGCAUACACGGGCGUGCUUGGUCAAAGGGCCAUCAAUGCUUCCAAUGCAGCCGAAGACGGACAGAGUCCAGAACCCGUCUUUGAGCUUUCCGCCAAUCCGAUACCUUAUACAUCCGCGCCAGAGCCACCGCAAGAUACGAUGGGUCCUUCGACGGCGCCAAGUACAUCCGGAGGCGUCAGCAAGCAGAGCUCACAUUCGUCAGAACCGUCAGUCCGGGGUGGCUCGAACAGGCCUGUCGCAGGCAGCUCGGAACCCGUCAGUGCAUCGGAAGAUCAACACUUCGAUUUCGUGCAUAUGUUACACGAUGACUUUCACAAUUCUGAGCAUCGACAACGGCCACCAGCACCUCCAUCGUGGCAACCCACUCACGCUCGCAGCGUCUCAGAAGCAACUGGUUCGAUGCAGCCCAGCACCGACAGCGGCAAAGAGUCUUACAAAUCUAGACAGAGACUCGCAACAGCAAUACCCACCUUCCAUCAGCCGCAAAUAUCCCAGUCUGUGCCCGGCAGUCCUUUCCAUACCUAUGCAGUCGAGCCAAUGCUCGCGUCUGCCCCUCCGACAUCUGUCGCCUUUUUCCCCGGGCCUCAAGCCCAUUUUGAGCAAGCAGAGCAAGCGCCGCCCGAAGGCGAAUAUGGACCUUUCCACUCAGACGAGCUCUGAUCGCGCAAAGCGGUUGCUCCUGAGCUGUAUAGUGCUGUUGUAAGCCCUAGUGUUGACUGUAUUGCCCUUCUUUCGAACAUUCAUCUCUUUACGCGUCAUAACGGUCCCAGUGACUCUAAACAGUGCAGUACAAGAUGCGUACAAUCACUCGUGCUUUGA